ACUAAUUCGGCACCGAAACAUUAGACAUUGUGUUUCCAGACGCGGUACAGUCAAACUUUUACUAACGCGAGACCUAUUUAUUUUGGAUUGGUCAUAAAACUGUAUCCUCAAAGUCACUAAAGUAUAGCACUCAGGAUGACCGGCACUAAUUCUGACGAUCGCAAUAUUUUCGUUUCACCAUUCUUGAAUUUCGAUCCAUCUAUUUUGGUUUCGAAUCCCGAAGAGCAAUUCAUUUUUCCUGAGGGAGAGAAACGUCGAGGUCGCUUUGAGCGAUCGUUUUCCGAAAUCGGAGCUAUGGUUAUUGGAGGUGCAUCUGUUGGGGGAAUCAAAGGACUAUACAGCAGUUUUAAGGAUUCAGAGAUAAAAAAUCUUCCGACCCUUGCUAUCAGACGAACGCAAAUGCUUAAUCAUCUGACAAAAUCCGGAGCGACACUGGCUCAAACCGCAGGUUCUAUAGGGGUCAUAUACGCUUUGGCAGAUUUUUUGAUUUAUAAAUUACGUCGCAGUGCAGAAGACGAGAUAAAUACAAUAGUAGCAGCUACAACUACUGGUUUGGUGUACACAUCUCCUGGAAUUCUUAAACCAGGUGGCUGGAAACGUUUUGGAAUUGGUGGGGCAGCUGGGUUUGCUGUUGGUGCGAUUGCUGUUACUUUGACAAGCUGGUCGAGAAUGAAACAUAUGCUUGGCGGAUAAGCGACACUCAUGUAAUUUCAAUUAUGUACAUUGACAUGUUAUUUAGUAUCCGAAAAACUUUUUAAAUAUAUCCCUUUGAAUCGUUGUUCCUGUUUUAAGCAACGACACUUGUAAUUAAGACAAUGUUGUCUUACCUCUACAAGUUCGCGAAAAUUAAGAGAUUCUUAUUUUGUAACUACUACACUUGACUUAUUUGUUUUACAAGAUACUGGAAAAAUGGUUUACAGCAAUUUAGAUACUUGGAUGAGUUGUAGUAAUUUACACAUUGCUUCAAAUGACCUCGAAUCUAGGUAAAUACCGAAACUAAUGCCAAACCAACGGUUUUACCAGUUUUAGUAGGCACUUAGUGUGAAGAUCAGUAUCUACGAAAAUGCAAUAACUUUGUAGAUAAAUGUCUAUAGCUAAGAUUUACAAGUAUUUUCACUAAAAAAUGUUUUAGCAGAGGCAUUCUGAGUAGUAUCCUACCAUAUUGUGAGAGUGCUAACGAUUCCCUUGGUUGUUUGUGACUCUGUGGAUCGCGAUGGUCUGUGGCAGUGUCUGUCAUUAAAAGGUGUACCAAAGAAGUACAUU